GGACAUGUUUUAUGACUGACAUUAUUUGUAAAUCCAUACCUCAUCAAAAUCGUGCUCAUCUGAGUGUUUCUUUAGUGCUGGUUCCCUUUAUUGCUGAGGGCUGCAGCAAAGUGUCUUUAGCGGUGCCCUUUAUUUGUGGUCAGCAAAUAGCUGAGAUCAGGCUGAUUUAGGCUCUGAUGCUGUUGUGGUCUUUGAUCCCUGCACUGGCGAGCUUAUCAUUCUAUCUGCUGACUAGAUACGGCCACCUCCAGUGACACAUCGACUUCUCCUCCUGACCCUACAGGCAGCUCAGAGAUCCCUGGAUCACUCACCAGUACACCAGGUGACACAGGCAGAGACUAGAAACUUAAAGUAGUUUAGCUGGUGGAUACAGACUUGAUUUAUGAAACCUUAUUUGAUGGACGUGCUUUUAGCUCCAUUUUGCAUGAAAGUCAACAUGAAAUGCUAUUCACAAUGUAUUUUACUUUCAUAAUAUGAUGCAAUUCUGAAGGAAACAGGAUAUUUAGUGGGAUGAGAAUGUAGGAUGAAACUUGGUCGGGAAUUAAUUGGAUUGUGAAAGUGGACCUGACAAACUGAAUUACAAUAAUAUCAGUACCUUGAACUGGGAAAAUAAAUAGGGCUGAUUUCUAUUUCAUGUUGACUUUUAAGUUCCUUUUCAUUUCCAUUUAGUAGUAGAUGGACCAUAGUGCAUUGCCUGUCUGUGGUACACGAUUUAAGCUUUUCUGGUUGAUUUUAUACUAGUCAUGGAAAAACAUGUAAUAAUGUACAAUAAUGAAAUCAUUAAUAGCAUCUAAAAAAAAACUUUAUAAUCAGAAAUGUAUUUCAAUACAUUAAAACUAGAAAACAGUUCUUACCUAAAAAAACGAAGUGAUUAAACUUCUAUUUUAUACAACCAAAUGUAGCUAGAUGUACCCACUUGUAACUUUGUAUUAUUUUGCAUAAGUACAAGUUUGUUUUCUAAAGCUAAAUUAAAAAUAAAAGUGUGAACAGUAGGAGGUAGCUGGCCCUCUUUACUUACUCUCUCGGCUCUCGACUCAACGCUGUAAUUUUACUGUCCCAAGUGCUACUUGUGACAAGCUUUCUGCCCACAAUGCCAGAUGCUACAAUCUCGAGCCAGACAGACACCUCGUCUUUAACUACAAUGCCAUCUCCGUCUGGUCCAACACUCACAGUCGUACCCACAGCACCUGACCAGCCAGUUUCCACAGCACCAGAUGUGAUACCCAAUGUGGCCACCACAGCAACCGACACCAUGACAGCAACAACUGGCUUUGUUACAAGCAGUCCACUCUCUGUUUUUCCCGAGGUUACGGAUUCAUCGGCCUCAUCUUCUGAUCGCACUGCAACAACACUUAAUAUGGACACCCAAGCAAUAUCUUCUACAACUGUGGCAACAACACCUUCUGCAACCAUGGCAACUUCUGAAACAACAUCUUCAGCAUCAGCUAGCACAAUUCAACUGCCAACCUCUAUUGCUGUUGAUGCAGUUUCAAUGGUUUCUGAUAGAUCUCCAGUGGAAGCGGGUGCAGUGGUUACAGGAAGUACUGCGGUAACCAUUUUUACAAGCACAGUUGUGUCCUCAACUGAUGCUGCGAUUAAAACAGAUGAUGCACUCCCUCCAGACAUUGAUUUGAUUUUCCCAGCAUCUGCUGUUCCUCUAACUCCUGCAUCUGAUGGUGAUGCACCUGCAACUGAUGCCAUCGCAGCAGUAACAGAUGCUCCGGAGAUAUUUACAGUUUCUCCAGAGAUUGCUUCUUUUGCCCCAGUAACCUCAGACUCAAAUGCGACUACUACUGUGGCUCCUGAAGGUCCAGGUGAGGCAGAAUCAACCAAUGUAUCUGAUGAAGUCAAACCAGCUUCAGAAGGUCCAGGUGAUGGUGAUCAAAUUGUCAUAACAGGUGCUGAAACAGUCACAGAUGCUGGUCCUCAAACUAAUGCUGAGACUGACAGUAAACCUCCUUUCGAAGUAGUCGGGAAGAGUGAAUUUCCUCUUGUUGAGACAGAGGAGGAAAAAACAGCAACAAAUCUGGAGAAGAGAGAUAAAGAUCCUCCUGACAGUAAACCUCCAUCUGAAGCAGGAGAAAACAGUGAAGUUCCUUUAGCUGAGUCCAUGGAGGAAAAAACAGCAUCCAACUUGGAGAAGAAAGAUGAAGAUGCUCCUGACAGUAAACCUCCAUCUGAAGCAGGCGAAAACAGUGAAGUUCCUUUAGCUGAGUCCAAGGAGGAAAAAAAUGUAACAAACCUGGGGAAGAAAGAUAAAAAUGCAGGAGCCCCAGUAUCUGGUGACAUUAAGAAGAAUAACCAGGCUGGGAAAACCGGAGAGAGCAGGGAAGCCAAAGAAGAAAAGAAAGAGAAGGAAAAAAAGAAAGAAAAAGAUUUUGAAAAAAAAGACUAUGAGAAAAAAGUUGUUGCGAGGAUUUUGAUCCCUGGGGGUCCAAAAACACAGUUGUCAAGAAUUGCAUACAUCAGAUUUCAAGACUGUGAGUGCAACGGUCACUCAAAUCGCUGCAGUUACAUUGAUUUCAUCAACAUUGUGACUUGUGUGAGCUGCAAACACAACACUAGAGGGCAGAACUGUCAGCACUGCCGCCUCGGAUACUUCCGGAAUGCUUCUGCCGAGCUGGACGAUGAGAAUGUUUGCAUAGAGUGUAACUGUAAUCAGCUGGGCUCUCUACACGCCCGGUGCAAUGACACAGGCUUCUGCCAGUGUAGAGAGGGCACCACGGGCCAGAAGUGUGAGGACUGCCUGCCUGGAUAUACCUGGAAGCAAGGCUGCAUGCCAAACGUGUGUGAUGACGAGCUCCUCCUGUGUCAGAACGGUGGCUCCUGUAUCCAGAACCAGAAGUGCAUGUGUCCACCCAGCUUUAGGGGUGUUUUGUGUGAGCAGCCACGCUGCCAGGGUGAGAAAGGGUGCGAUGGCGCAUCAGCCUGCUACCUCAGCACACUGACGCUGCUGCUCUGCCUUCUAGCCAACAGCUUGCUUAAAGCCAGCGCCUAGAAACCCAUCUUAGUUCUGAUAUCAAUUCUAGACUACGCAGGCCAAAGGGCUGAUCACUGCGAACGGAGAGAGAGUGGCCUGAACCCAUACAGGCCCAGCCUCACGGUGCCGAAAUCUUUUUUGGAAAUGACGGUGGCUGCGCUGAGUUCAGAACGCCUUCAUGAGAAGAGCAGUUUAUUGCUUGUCUACUAGCAUCACUGAUCGCCUGAACUUUAUACCAAAAACAGAUUAAAAAGAACUUAAGUUCAGUUUAAACUCAAUCUAACGAAAGUUGAGAAAUAUAUAAAUAUAUUUCCGUUUCUUUGCAUUUCUACAUUCUCUGUAGUUUUGAAGCUCACCGAGGUACAAGCACUGCAUUUAGCCAGCUUGUUUUACAUACAACUAACAGUCAAUAUCACGGAAGCCUACUUAUGCCAAGUUAUUCUUCUCUUGAAGACUUGUUUUUACAUUUCUUUUCAUUUCUGCAUUGUUUUUGCAUCUUAUUGCCAUUGAGGUUGUAACAAGUAAAUGAAACCAUUGGAUAAGAUGUUUAAUUGCUGUCCCACUUGUAUGAAGAAUGAACGUAUCUAGCUUGUGUUUGAAAUUACGUUUAUGGAAUGUAGAAAGAGGUUUUAAAUUGUCACACUGAACAAAUAUACAUAUAUCGGUCUAUCUGAAAGGAAAUAUUAAGUAUUGUAUAUUAUGAUUUUCAAUAUUUUUUUGUAGAAAUGGUUAUUUUUGUUGAGUAAAUGUUACCAUUGUAAAGACAUUGCAGCCUUUAUUGCAGUUCAUAUGGUAUUCACACCAUGGUAAAACUAUUUGAUACAGCAGAGUGCAUCUCUAAUAUAUUUGGAAUAUUUCUCCAUCCAUAUCACUACAUUUAAAUAAAGCAUAAACGGUUUAUGACAUGCACAGCUUUAGCUCAAUGUAACCCGCACAUCAUCUUGUUACUGGCAUGUAUUCAUCAGUGCAGAUAUGACCGUAAAGGACUGCUCAUUAACACACUUUUGUGAUGAUACCAGUGAUAUAAGUUCAUAAAGCACAAAGUCCCACGAACCCCAAAUAAAUAAGUUACGAAGCACAGAAAAAAAAUGCAUUGUUAAAUCAGCACAAAUAGAAUGGCCAUUCAGAUUAACAAUUAAAAAUACAUAAUGAAAGUCAGCACACUGUAUAUCAUGCAAUCAGGUUAUUUGUCAAAUAAUUUUAUUUUCCUUGCGUGUCUCAAAGAAAUGCCAAAAUCUUUAGCGGCUCAUUGGCUUUUGGAUUUAUUUCACAUUUACAAAUGCUUUACAUUCAUGAUGAGCCUGGGUAAAUAAAAUACUAUGAAUAAAUAUUAUAAAUGAAUAAAACCUGACAAUCAGAAAGCACAAA